AUGUCAAGCAACUCCGAACUCAAGCAGACUUUGACACCAAGCCUCCUUGAUGACGUGCACAAGUUGUGGUUCAAUCACCUGAGCUGCGAAGAGGCCCUCAUCCUACCCGGAUGGAGCGAGAUGGGGAAGUGGUUCUCUCGUGACGAGGCUUUUGAUAAGGCCUGCGUCACCCAAUUCUGCCCUGCCCUAGAAACAAUCGUUGGCUCCAGAGCAUCAGCUUCGGACAUUCUAUCUGAAGUCAGCCUGUCCUCGCCGAUGGAUUGGCUCAGCAUCAUUCUUCUACUUGAUCAGAUUCCCCGCAAUUGCUACCGGGGAGCAGAGUCGAAGCUAGUGUUUGGGCGCUUUGACCCAUUAGCCGAGGAGAUUGUCCUUCGAGCAAUUGAGGAAGAGGUACCGAUCCGAUCGCCGUAUCUCAGGUACCACAUGGCUUACCGUAUUUGGUUCCAUAUGCCCCUUAUGCAUUCGGAAAACUUGGCUAUGCAUGAGCUAGCCGUCAAGGUGCACGAGGAUAUAGCCAGAGAUGUCAAUGAGCUUCUGGCCAGGGACGCAUCGGCUCUUACGGAAGAGGAAAGAAAAUGUCGUAGCAUUCUAUCCGAGAAGAGAGAGGCACUACAGGCAUUCUUGAGCAAUGCUCUUGAUUUUGAGAAGAGACAUAAAGUGAUCAUCGAGCGGUUUGGACGAUACCCGCAUCGGAAUCAGGCACUGGGAAGAGUGUCUACCCCGGAGGAAAUCGAAUACUUAAACAAUGGCGGGGAGACAUUUGCGUGA